CAGCCAUGUCUAACAUCAGACGGGUUCGAACAUCACAACCAAGAGGAACGGGAACAUCUAGGUUCGGCAGCGGCGUGUAUUAACACCUAAACACCACGAUGGCUGACCCGGAGAAACAGCCCGAACAACCCAAGGCUGUCCAGCAGAAGUUGGUCAUCGCUAACAAAGUGACCGGGACUGUUAAAUGGUUUAACGUCAAGAGUGGAUACGGGUUCAUCAACAGGAAUGACACCAGAGAGGACGUGUUCGUACAUCAAUCGGCCAUCGUUAAGAACAACCCGAGGAAGGCCGUGCGUAGCGUCGGCGACGGCGAGGUCGUGGAGUUCGACGUCGUCAUCGGCGAGAAGGGUCACGAGGCGGCGAACGUCACCGGGCCAGCUGGUGAGGCCGUCAAGGGUUCGCCUUACGCUGCGGAUAAGCGCCGCGGCUAUCGUUCCGCACACUGGGUAUAUCCGAGACGCGGCAACGGUAGACCGCAGCGCAGACCCCGCGAAGGCCAAGAGGGCUACGAGUCAGGCGAGGCGAGAACGACCGACGACGCGAAUGCGGCCGAGGGUGGUGGCCAACAGCCGCAACAGCAGCGACGCUACAGGAUGCGUCGCCAUUACGACGGCUACUACCGCGGAGCACGGCGUUCCGGGCCAGCUCCCCAGCAAGGCGAGAACGGGGAAGGCGGUGAGCAGGCGGAGGGGACCGGCGAGGGGGGCGCCCCACCGCGUGGUGGUGGUCGAGGACGGGGCGGACCGUCGCGGCGCUACUUCCGCCGCAACUUCCGCGGAGGAAGGGGUGGUGGACCCCCGCGGCGUCCUCGCAGCCAGGAUGGCCAGUCGGAGCAGAAGUCGGAUGCACCUAAAGAUACGGAUGCACCUGCCGCUGCCCCUGCUCCACAGGAGAGCCAACCGGUGCAGAACACCACCACCACCGAGAGCACCGCCUAACCAAGAGAGUAACGCUACACCACCAGCAGGACACUCCUUUUGAAUAUACAACACCAACACCCGUUAUACACUAAACAGCAGCAGCAACAGAAACAACAACAACAACAGCAUCGCAAGAACAAGAAAACAUCAACCAAAAAAAAGCUAAAAGAAUCGCAAAAAAAUAUUAAAAAAAAAAAGAAACCAACAAACACUACUCCACACUCUCCCCCACGGAAGUAAAUUAAUAAAUUGUAGAGUGAGCACGGGAAUCGGGGAAGGCGCCCACGGAGGGGGACGAGCGGGGAGGGGGAAGGCACGAGACAGCCCUUCCGUGCGCGCGCUCGCCGAUUCCCGUCCGUCUCUCUCGACUUAAGGGAUGGUUAGGUUGUAAGAGCGAACUGUGACCGGUCGGAAUGCGCGUUAAGGGCGAAGAAGAGCGAGUGCGCGUACACACAACGCGACGAACGCGGAAGGGUAAAGCAAUUACACACACACACACGCGGAGUGCACGGAGCGAUGAAUUCGAGCGCGGCGAGGAAAAACAUAUAUCUCGAAAUAUAUGUAUCUUUUUUUU